AUGAUGGUAAUAAAGAUCGGCUGGAAAGCCAGUGGAACAAUCCUGCUGGCGUUGGUUGGCAUCGUCACUGGGCAGUACGGUACGUGCGACCUUUCGUACACCUACAGCAGUGGUCAGACGAGCUUUAUUGAAUCGCCCAACUUUUCCAACUACUAUGCACCGGGUACAAAGUGCCGGUACACUGUGAACGCACCGGUAGGACAUUAUCUGUACGCGCAAUGCUACGACAUGUAUCUGCCCUCGAGUACCGGAUGCUACUAUGACAAGCUGGCCGUUUCGUUGAGCGGCGAUGCGAAUCUCAGUGAUGCCCAGAUACGUUGUGGGACGACCACUUUCAACGUGCAGAGUAGCUACAACAAGUUGGUGGUGGCUUUGCUGGGAAGUACUAGCACGUCCGGUGGACGGUUCCGAUGUCAAAUAACGGCCAUCAAGAUACCGUGCGAUUGCGGACGUCGUAAGACGGCCACCAUCGUCAAUGGGUAUCCUACGCAGGUGAAUGAGUACCCGAUGAUGUCUGCAUUGGUGGAUGGAGCUACGAAGAAGAUAUUCUGUGGAUCUACAAUAGUUACUGAUCGCCAUGUGUUGACGGCGGCUCACUGUCUACUGAGUAGAGCGGUCGCCAGUACCUUCGUCCUCGUGGGGGAUCACAACAUUAGUACAGGAACCGAAACAACCUACUCGACGGCAAUGGCCGUUUCUACUUUCACUACGCAUCCAAGCUAUAAUCCCACCGCCAAAACGAACGACAUUGCCCUAGUGCGAACCGCUAACACGAUUGUCUUCAACACCGGCGUUGGUCGGGUGUGCCUUCCGUUCCGCUUCAGCACGAGCAGCUUCGAUGAUGUACGCCUCAGUGCGCUCGGCUGGGGUACGAUCGAUUUCGGUGCGCCACAGUCGGAUGUGUUGCUCCAGACGACGCUAGCGGUAGUGUCUUCCAGCAGCUGCUCGACCAAACUUUCGCGGACGAUCCUUGCGACGCAGAUGUGCACGUUUGCGGCCGGUAACGAUACGUGCCAGAACGAUUCGGGUGGUCCACUGUACUAUACGGACCCGAACAGCCAGCUGGUGUAUGAGGUUGGUGUGGUAGGUUUCGGGGUGGCCUGUGCUUCCAGUUUUCCGAGUGUGAACACGAGGGUUACUUCGUAUCUAGAUUGGAUUACUACCACCACUGGGUACACGUUCUGUGAGAAGUAA